GUCGCUUUGAUCGCAACGGGUUUAAAAUUCUUACAGACGGUUGUAUCAUCUAGAAGUUCGAAAUCUGUGAAUUACGAUGCAAGCUGCUUGACAAAUUCAAACGUAUCGUCGCGUAGCGUACGUAUUGCACUUAGUUAUUUGGAAAGCGAUUUACGAUAUUUCAGGAUGGGAGUGAUAUUCUUGGAACACAUCGGAGGUACUCGGUUGUUUUCUUGCGCUUCUUGUGACACCAAUCUUACAAACAGAGGUCAGCUGAUAAGCACGCGUUUUACGGGCGCCACAGGCCGUGCUUUUCUAUUUAACAAAGUCGUCAACUUGAAUUACAGCGAGGUACAGGAUAGAGUGAUGUUGACGGGUCGUCACAUGGUCCGAGAUGUCAGCUGCAAAAACUGUGAUGCUAAGCUUGGGUGGGUGUAUGAAUUUGCCACAGACGAUAAUCAACGAUACAAAGAAGGCCGUGUCAUCCUGGAACGUGCUUUGGUCACAGAAAGUGAUGGAAUGGGGGACAAUAUUUAAUAGUGUACAACAAGUAGCACAUCAUAGGAUAAGAAUAUUUUAUAGACAGUGUAAAAUCAGUUGUUCUUCUUCUCAGUGUUCCUUCAUCAUUUGGAGUAAUCAAAAAAGAAAAAAAAAGAGAAAUUGUAUGAAUGUAUGUUAAUUUAUAUUUAAUAUCCAAUAUUUUUGUAAACAUGAAACAUACUUUAUUUUAUGCUAUUACAUAUUUCUAAUGAUCUGCAUUAUUUUUUUAAAAUUAUUUUUCAUUUGAACAUGUAUAUUAUGUUAAGUCUGACUUAAAAUAAAGAAUCAGUUUAUUACUGUGUUUGUAUUUUUCAAUAUUACAAUGUUACUUUUUUAUAUUAGUUUUUAUUGUACAGAAAGGAUAUAAAUUGUAAUGUACAAAUAAAUAUAUUAAUUAAAUUAAUAAAUUUCAUAUAAAUUGUGAUAUAAA